AUGUCUACCACUGUUAAUAAUAAUGAUGCCUCUAGUAGUAGUGCCUCUGCCUCUAAUAGCGCUGAAUCCUUUGAUUUAAGAAUAAAAUCAAUGGAGGAUCAAAUCAACAACCUUUCUUUAGCCUUUACAAGAUUCAUGAAAGAACCUAUUUUCUCAUCUAAUUCCAAUUCACGUAGCCAACCUUCUCAUGAUAACUCUGACACCGAGAAUGAACAAAGUGAAGAUGAAUCAAGUAACAAUGUCGAUGUUCCAACCGAUUAUCAAUUAUCCGAUACCUUACUUGGUCAGUACAAACAUAUGGUAAACAAUCAAGGUUUACUCGUCGAAGGAAUCAAGAAUCUACCAUCAAUGGUCAAACAAGGUUAUUACAUGGUAAAACUCGAUAUCAAGAAAGCCUACCUCCACGUUUUAGUAGAUCCGCAAUACAGAGACUUAUUCCGCUUCGUGUGGAAAGGUUCGCACUACCGUUGGAAAACAAUGCCGUUCGGGUUAUCGACAGCUCAUCGUAUCUUUACAAUGUUGUUAAGACCUGUACUUCGAAUGUUGAGAGAUAUCAACGUAUCCGUCAUCGCUUACUUGGACGAUCUAUUAAUCGUCGGUUCAACAAAAGAAGAAUGUUUAUCCAACCUCAAAAAGACGAUGGACUUACUUAUCAAACUAGGUUUCAAGUUAAAUCUAGAAAAGAGUGUUCUCGAACCAACUCAAUCAAUUACAUUGUUGCUCCCCAAGAAAGCUUGCUGGUUUAAAAGGAAAGCUAAUUGCACUGAAAGAUGCAGUUAUCCCAUUCAGACUUUACACUCGUCGAACAAACAAGUUUCACUCUCAGUGUCUGACUCUAGCCAAUGGAGAUUGGGAUCAAUCAUUCCACAUUCCUCAAGAUGUCAAGUCAGAGAUUUCACAUUGGUUAACAGUUCUAAACCAAUGGAAUGGAAAAGAAAUCAGUCUGUUUCCAAGUUACGACUAUGUUCUUACAACCGAUGCCUCGGAAUCAGGUGCAGGUGCCACACUCAAGAAAGGAAGCAAAGUAAUCAAAACUUGGUCAUUCCAGUGGUCAAUAACUCAAUCAAACAUGUCGUCAAAUCGUCGAGAAAUGCUCGCGCUGCUGAUGGCCUAUCAAGCGCUAUGUCAGAAACUGAACAACUGCAAGCUGAAGAUUCAAACCGACAACACUACCACUCUCUCUUACAUCAAUCGCCAGGGUGGUCAGAUACAGGAUCUCUCAGUUCUGUUCGAACAACUUUGGAAACAAUGCCUCAAGAAGAAAGUGAACUUGAUUGGAGAGCAUAUUCCAGGAUUCUUCAAUGUAAAAGCCGACCACCUCAGUCGUCUUUCAGAGAUGAAUCACAAAUCAUCGUCCAGAGUAAUCAAGAGUUACAACUGGCAACUGAAGAAGGAAGUGUUCAAUCGCAUCCAACUUCAAUUCGGUCAAAUACAGAUGGAUCUGUUCGCAUCUCACUUCAACCAUCAAACGAACAACUACUCAACAAUCAGAAUGAAUGCACUCCACCUCGAUUGGAGUCAAUGGAAGCAAUGUCUGGCCUUUCCACCACCCAUUCUUUUGCCUUCUAUCCUGGAGAAGAUGAACUCAUCCAGUUCGAAGAAGGUUUCUAUAAUACUGAUCUUCCCAAUCUGGAGAUCAGCAACUUGGUAUCCGAUGAUUCAAGCUCAAGUUCCUCGUCAUCAUCGUCACAUGUUUCCUCAAGUACUGGGAACAUUCCAAGAAGUAUUGACCAAACAAUCAGUAGAGUCGAUACCAAUCCAGAUUCAACAACGUUGGAAGCUGGGGAUUAUUCAACUUUCCAAUCUCAUGUAAUGUCCUUCGCUCGUACUACAAAUACAAAAACAGCUGAGCUGUUAAUGAAGUCAUGGGAACCUUCAACUCUCAAAGUAUAUAGCUCCAGUUAUACAAGAUUCCGCAAUUUCUGUACGUUGAACUCUUUGAAUCCAGCAAACAUAACCUUAGUUGUUUUCAUGGAUUAUCUUACACAUCUGUUCAAGCACAAACCUCCGUUAGCCUUCUCAACAAUUAACGGUCAUCGCUCUAUGUUGAAUCAGUUGUUACUCCUUAGGAAUCAAACUGAUAUUGUUAAUGAUCCAUUCAUCACAAGAAUUAUGACUGGUAUUCACAAGUUGCGUCCUUCAUCUGCAAAGUAUAAAGAGAUAUGGGAUGCAAAUCAAGUAUUCAAGCACUUAUCUACUGUCAAAGUCAUCCCUAAGUACACAUACACUGCGCUAUUAAACAAGACACUUGUACUCUGUAAAAUGUUUGGUUUAGCAAGAUCAUCAGACUUGGUGAAGUGGUCGUUCAAAGGUCUCAUUAUUACUACUGACUCAAUCAAAGGUCCAGUCAUUAAUGCUAAAGAACAAAGAAGUGGUGUUGUUUCAAUAUUAGAAUUAACUUCGUUAGAUGAUACAAACUCUCAAGUGUGCCCUGUUCGCCACCUUGCAACAUACCUUAGAGCCUCUAAAGGAAGAAGAAAGCCCCAUUCGGGUGACCCUGUCUUUAUUAAGAAUGAGGGUGAACCGCUCCAAGUUAAUGAUAUUAACUCAAUUGUACUAUCAACGCUCUCAAAGUCAGGCAUUGAUAUUGUCAAGUUCAAAUCUCACUCUACCCGUUCCGCUAUGGCUUCUCUGCUGUUGUCCAAUAACGUUCCGUUCCACGUUGUCAAGAAGAUGGGUCGUUGGAAAUCAAACGAUACUGUAGAUUCCUUCUACGAUAAAAGAAUCAUUGGUGAAAAAUCUGGUGGUUUCUUAAAUACUGUCGUCCAAAUUUCAUAA